UACUUCCCCCGCAUUCCUCCCUGCAAUGGUGCCUCGACUGGGCAUGCGUUCUGAUUUACCAGUGGUUCAGUGGGAUCGACGCGUGUAGUUGACGUUCAGCGGUAGUUGUAGAGGGGGGCGCUCUUGUAUCGCAGUAGCGGUGGUGAGGGCCGUUCCUUGGCGAUACAAUCAGACGAGAAGGGGAAGGUGAGAGGGAAAAAGCUAACUGGCUAGGUCGCUCUUUGUUUCUAGUAGCUUUGGAAAGGGACCUACCGGCGACCGGUGAUUUCACUAGUGGAGCUUGCUGCUGUCACAAUCCCAGGCUCCACUGAGAGAUGUCCACCCCCGACCCCCCCAUGGGAGGGACCCCCCGGCCGGGCCCGUCCCCAGGACCGGGGCCAUCUCCAGGAGCCAUGAUGGGACCCAGCCCUUCCCCAGGCUCGGCCCAUAGCAUGAUGGGACCCAGCCCAGGCCCUCCAGCCUCUGGACACCCCCACCCUCAACAGGGACCAUCAGGAUAUCCUCAGGAGAACAUGCACCAGAUGCACAAACCUAUGGAAGGGAUGCAUGAGAAGGGCAUGCCUGACGACCCUCGCUACGGACAGAUGAAGGGAAUGGGAUUGAGACCAGGGGGCCACAGUGGAAUGGGACCCCCACCCAGCCCCAUGGACCAACAUUCCCAAGGAUACCCAUCUCCGCUGGGGGGUUCUGAGCAUGCUCCCAGCCCUGUUCCGGCCAAUGGCCCUCCCCCUGGCCCAAUGAUGCCGUCCGGCCCUGGUGGUGUCCCCAUGGAGGGCAGUGACCCCCAGGCCAUGGGCCAGCAGAACCGUGGUGGUGUCCCAGGCCCGAGUGGUGGUUCUGGGCCUGGCGGUGUGGGGCCAGGGGGACCCACCCCUUUCAACCAGAAUCAGCUGCACCAGCUCCGGGCCCAGAUCAUGGCCUACAAGAUGCUGGCCCGCAGCCAGCCCCUACCAGACCACCUGCAGAUGGCGGUGCAGGGCAAGAGGCCUAUGCCAGGUAUGCAGCAGCAGCCCGGGAUGCCCAACAUGCCCCCUUCAGCUGGUCCUGGGGCAGGGCCUGGGGCGGGGCCCGGACAGCCUCCAGCAAACUACAACAGACCUCAUGCAGGAAUGGUGGGGCCCAACAUGCCACCUCCAGGACCCUCAGGUGUUCCUCCUGGCAUGCAGGGCCAGCCCACCAACGGCCCCCCUAAACAGUGGCCUGAAGGGCCCAUGGUGAAUGCUGCUGCUCCUUCCACUGCUCCCCAGAAGCUCAUUCCCCCCCAGCCCACUGGACGACCCUCCCCUGCUCCCCCCUCUGUUCCCCCCGCUGCCUCCCCGGUCAUGCCCCCCCAGACCCAGUCCCCUGGGCAGCCCUCCCAGCCCCCACCAAUGGUGCUGCACCAGAAGCAGAAUCGCAUCACGCCCAUCCAGAAGCCUCGUGGCCUGGACCCAGUAGAAAUCCUCCAGGAGAGAGAGUACAGGCUGCAGGCUCGCAUCACCCACCGUAUCCAGGAGCUGGAGCAUCUACCAGGGUCUCUGGCUGGAGACCUCCGGACCAAAGCCAACAUCGAGCUCAAGGCCCUGCGACUGCUCAACUUCCAGAGGCAACUGCGUCAGGAGGUGGUGGUAUGUAUGCGUCGCGACACGGCCUUGGAGACAGCGCUCAACGCUAAGGCCUACAAGCGCAGCAAGCGCCAGUCCCUCCGCGAGGCACGCAUUACUGAGAAACUUGAGAAGCAGCAGAAGAUUGAACAGGAGCGCAAACGUCGCCAGAAACACCAGGAAUACCUUAACAGUAUUCUUCAGCAUGCUAAGGACUUUAAGGAGUACCACCGGUCAAUCACAGCCAAGCUCCAGAAGGCCACUAAAGCCGUGGCCACGUACCACGCCAACACAGAGCGUGAGCAGAAGAAGGAGAAUGAGCGCAUCGAGAAGGAGAGAAUGAGGAGGCUGAUGGCCGAGGAUGAGGAGGGCUAUCGUAAGCUCAUCGACCAGAAGAAGGACAAGCGUCUGGCAUACCUGCUGCAGCAGACAGACGAGUACGUGGCCAACCUCACCGAUCUUGUCCGAGCCCAUAAGGCUGAUCAGGCCCUCAAGGACAAGAAGAAGAAGAAAAAGAAGAAGAAGAAGCCAGAGAAUGCAGAGGGCCAGCCUCCUGCCCUGGGACCUGAUGGAGAGCCUCUGGAUGAGACCAGUCAGAUGAGUGACCUGCCUGUGAAGGUGAUCCACGUUGACAGUGGGAAGAUCCUGACGGGGCUGGACGCCCCCCGCGCUGGCCAGCUGGAUGCUUGGCUGGAGAUGAACCCUGGGUACGAAGUAGCUCCUCGUUCCGACAGUGAGGACAGCGGCUCUGAGGAAGAAGAGGAGGAAGAGGAGGAGCCCCAGCCCUCCCAGGCUCCAACCGAGGAGAAGAAGAAGAUCCCAGACCCGGACACGGAGGACGUGUCGGAGGUGGACGCUCGCUACAUCAUCGAGGAGGCCAAGCAGGAUGUAGAUGAUGAGUACAACAGCGCGGAGGCGGCGUUUGCCCGGGGCCUGCAGUCCUACUACGCUGUGGCCCACGCCGUCACCGAAACAGUGGAUAAACAGUCCUCCCUGCUGGUCAACGGCCAGCUGAAGCAUUACCAGAUCAAGGGCUUGGAGUGGCUGGUGUCUCUGUACAACAACAACCUAAACGGCAUCCUGGCUGAUGAGAUGGGUCUCGGCAAGACCAUUCAGACCAUAGCCCUAAUCACCUACCUCAUGGAGUAUAAGCGCAUCAACGGCCCCUUCCUGAUCAUCGUUCCGCUCUCCACUCUGUCCAACUGGGUGUAUGAGUUUGAUAAGUGGGCUCCAACCGUGGUUAAAGUUUCUUACAAAGGCUCCCCUCAAGCCCGCCGGGCCUUCCUCCCCAUCCUGCGCAGCGGCAAGUUCAAUGUGCUGCUCACCACCUACGAGUACAUCAUCAAAGACAAGCAGGUGCUGGCUAAGCUGCGCUGGAAGUACAUGAUCGUGGACGAGGGCCAUCGUAUGAAGAACCACCACUGUAAGCUGACCGUGGUUCUGAACACUCACUACCUGGCCCCACGACGCCUGCUGCUGACCGGCACCCCGCUGCAGAAUAAGCUGCCUGAGCUCUGGGCCCUGCUCAACUUCCUGCUGCCCACCAUCUUUAAGUCCUGCAGCACCUUCGAGCAGUGGUUCAACGCCCCGUUCGCCAUGACGGGAGAGAAGGUGGAUCUGAACGAGGAAGAGACCAUUUUGAUCAUCCGUCGUUUGCAUAAAGUGCUCCGCCCCUUCCUGCUUCGCCGGCUGAAGAAGGAGGUGGAGGCCCAGCUCCCUGAGAAGGUGGAGUAUGUGAUCAAGUGUGACAUGUCAGCCCUGCAGAGGGUGCUGUACCGGCACAUGCAGGCCAAGGGAGUGCUGCUCACCGACGGCUCUGAGAAAGACAAGAAGGGUAAAGGAGGCACCAAGACCCUGAUGAACACCAUCAUGCAACUGAGGAAGAUCUGUAACCAUCCAUACAUGUUCCAGCAGAUUGAGGAGUCUUUCUCUGAGCAUUUAGGCUUUACCGGAGGUGUAGUUUCAGGACCUGACCUUUACCGUGCAUCUGGGAAGUUUGAGCUGCUAGACCGCAUCCUGCCCAAGUUGAGGGCCACUGACCAUAAGGUGCUGCUGUUCUGUCAGAUGACAUCCACUAUGACCAUCAUGGAGGACUACUUUGCCUGGCGCAACUUCAAGUACCUCCGUUUGGAUGGAACCACCAAGGCUGAGGACCGUGGGAUGCUACUGAAGACCUUCAAUGACCCGGCCUCUCAGUACUUUGUGUUCCUGCUCAGCACCAGAGCUGGAGGGCUGGGCCUCAACCUGCAGUCUGCUGACACCGUCAUCAUAUUCGACUCUGACUGGAACCCACAUCAGGACUUGCAGGCCCAGGACCGAGCCCACCGUAUCGGGCAGCGGAACGAGGUCCGCGUGCUUCGUCUGUGCACCGUUCAAAGUGUGGAGGAGAAGAUCCUGGCCGCUGCCAAGUACAAGCUGAACGUGGACCAGAAGGUCAUCCAGGCUGGCAUGUUCGACCAGAAAUCGUCAAGUCACGAGCGCCGUGCCUUCCUGCAAGCCAUCCUGGAGCACGAGGAACAGGACGAGGUCGGGGCCCAGGGGGGCUGGCGCACUGGGGGGGCGUUGGAGGAGGACGAGGUGCCUGAUGAUGAAACCGUCAACCAGAUGAUUGCCAGGAGCGAGGAGGAGUUUGACCAGUUCAUGCGCAUGGACCUGGACCGGCGCCGCGAGGACGCCCGCAACCCCAAGAGGAAGCCCCGUCUGAUGGAGGAGGACGAGCUGCCCACCUGGAUCAUAAAGGACGAUGCCGAGGUGGAGAGGCUCACCUGUGAGGAAGAGGAGGAGAAGAUGUUCGGCCGCGGCUCUCGCCAGCGCAAGGAGGUGGACUACAGUGACUCGCUCACUGAGAAACAGUGGCUCAAGGCCAUAGAGGAUGGGAACCUGGAGGACAUCGAGGAGGAGGUUCGUCACAAGAAGACCACUCGGAAGCGCAAGCGAGACCGCGACGACAUGCCCGGGCCGGCCACUCCCAGCUCCAGCGGUGGAGGCCGUAGCCGCGACAAGGACGAGGAGGUCAAAAAGGGCAAGAAACGCGGGCGCCCCCCAGCAGAAAAACUGACCCCGAACCCUCCUUCACUCACCAAGAAGAUGAAGAAAGUGGUGGACGCGGUCAUCAAGUACCGGGACGGCAGCAAUGGGCGCCAGUUGAGUGAGGUCUUUAUCCAACUGCCCUCACGAAAGGAGCUCCCAGAGUACUACGAGCUUAUCCGCAAGCCUGUUGACUUCAGGAAGAUUAAGGAGAGGAUCCGCAGCCAUAAGUACCGCAGUUUGAAUGACCUGGAGAAGGAUGUAAUGCUGUUGUGUAAUAAUGCCCAGACCUUUAACCUGGAGGGCUCUCUGAUCUAUGAGGACUCCAUUGUGCUGCAGUCAGUCUUCACCAGCGUCAGGCAGAAGAUCGAGAAGGAGGAGGAUAGUGAAGGAGAGGAUAGUGAAGAGGAGGAGGAAGAGGUCGACGAAGGCUCGGAGUCUGAAUGUGAGUCUCGUUCAGUGAAGGUGAAGAUUAAGCUGGGGAGGAAGGAGAAGGAUAGUAGAGGGAAGAGCCAGCGCAGACGUGGCCGCGGCUCCCGAGCCAAACCUGUGGUGAGCGACGACGACAGCGAAGAGGAGCAGGAGGAAGCGGGUUCAGCCAGCGGCAGUGAGGAGGACUGAACUCUGUCAGGACCAACGGCCCACUAAGACCUCAUCUGGAACUUAUAUUUUACUUAGAUUCUAUAGCAGGGUGGCAAGCCAGUGGCAAGGGGCCUAGUUUUACCUAUAUGAGCUGAUUUUUAGUAUGACAAAUGUAUUCCAUUCUUCAAAAACACCAUGAGUUAACAGAAAAUGAGAAAAACGGUGAAAUAAAAAAAAUUCCACUUUCGUAUUUAAGCAAGCAAUCCCGUUAUGAAUAGUAGGACUGUGUUUGUCUUUUUGUCAUAUUUUUUUUUUGUCCUGAAAGUGAUUACGAUAGACAGGGCUUGAAUAAAGAUGGACAGGGCUUGAAUAAAGAUGGACAGGGCUUGGAUCAGCAGACUGAUCGUGGACCAUAGGGAGAGUUUACUGACUUUAAGUGAGCCAUUUUUGUCAUUCUUGUUUCCUUCUAAAAUGGAGCUGUGUGUGACCAGAGUCGCUGUGGUUUCUAAGUCCCUGAAUGCAUGUCGUGCGUGUCUGUGGAAAUGCACCUGGAUGUGUCAUUCUAUUAUAUCUUUAUGUUUAAUUUAAGAGUACGAGCGAGACAACGGUACGUUCCCCCUUAGGCCUUCCUCCGCCCAUGUGUGGGGAGGGGAGGGGAGGGUGGGACUCUGUCUUGCGUCUGUGUCACUGGAUUCCAAAAAUUAGUACAAUAAAGGCAUCUCAUAAUUAAACAUUC